CACCAUUCUACACUCAAUCACUCACCACUAUAUCCUCUAGAAACACAAGUCCCAACUCAAAGAUGAAAGGACUUACUCUGUUGGUUCUUCUUACCUCCUUCGGCUUUAGCCUGGCUGCUACUUGCUCUGGUUCGAGGCAAUGCGAAUGUCUGUUUUCAGAUGGCUCGCACUGUUGCCUUUAUGGAAUGAAUGCAGAGACCGGCGAUGACUAUGACUGCACAAAGCUCUGUUCAGGUGCUAGUCGGAUCCUUCAAGGAAAUGAAAAUACUCCUACCAAGUGUAAUGCAGGUGGUGCUUUCUCCUGUGCCUCUAUUUUUACUUCCCAAGGUCGCACUCCAUGCUACAAUAACAGCUAGGGAAAUGAUGUGAGGUUUUAUAUCUUAUUAUGCUUCUCCUCUUGAUCGUCCUGUGCUGUUUUAGGGGUUUUGAGAAGAUGAAGAUUAAUAUCAUGGUGCAGUUAUCAUAAGAAGAGAUGUUUUGUUCGUACUGUGUUGAAUACAUAUUUAUUUGAUAAAAUUCAU